GCUUUAGGCUGUUUCUGUUCAGCCUCGCUCGUGUCCGGCAGCUGUAGCGUCUGUCAGGAGGGGACUUGUGUCUUGGGAGUCUGCUGUGUUUGAGGAGUGACAUAGCGGGGAAGGGGGGAUUUCCCGCAGGUGAUUUUUGCCUGAGAGCUAAAUCUCUAGGAAACCCUCCUCACAUGAGUGUUGGUGAAAAUGGGGGAUACAAGGGACAUCUGUCCCCAUCUGGAUUCCAUAGGAGAGGUGACCAGGGAUGAUCUGCUGCUCAAAUCCAAGGGAACUUGCCAGUCUUGUGGAGCUGUGGGGCCAAACCUCUGGGCUUGUCUUCAGAUUGGUUGUCCUUAUGUUGGUUGUGGGGAGUCCUUUGCUGACCACAGCACACUUCAUGCACAGGCCAAGAAGCACAACCUGACAGUGAACCUGACCACGUUCCGUGUGUGGUGCUAUGCCUGUGAGAAGGAGGUGUUCCUGGAGCAGCGCCUGGCAGCUCAGCCCCCCUCACUCCCCAGCAAGUUCCCUGAGCCGGAUUCUCCUUUGCCUGCUCACCCCCUGAAAGCUGUUCCCAUUGCAGUGGCUGAUGAAGGCGAAUCUGAAUCAGAGGAUGAUGAUUUGAAACCAAGAGGCCUUACUGGAAUGAAAAAUCUUGGGAACUCCUGCUACAUGAAUGCAGCACUUCAGGCUCUCUCAAACUGCCCACCUCUGACACAGUUUUUCCUGGAAUGUGGUGGACUGGUCCGUACGGAUAAGAAACCUGCCCUGUGCAAAAGUUACCAGAAGUUGGUGUCUGAGGUUUGGCACAAGAAACGCCCGAGUUAUGUUGUUCCAAGCAGUCUCUCCCAUGGCAUCAAGCUUGUCAACCCCAUGUUCCGAGGCUAUGCACAGCAGGACACGCAGGAGUUCCUGCGCUGCCUGAUGGAUCAGCUCCAUGAGGAACUGAAGGAACCCGUGGUUGCAGAGAUGAGGGACUUGGACACCAGUGACCAGGAGGACAAGCGGGAGGGCGACCGGAGCCCUUCAGAGGACGAGUUCCUCUCCUGUGACUCCAGCAGUGACAGGGGUGAAGGAGAGGGCCAGAGUCGGACCUCAGGGAGCAUGGGCAGCAGCUCCCUGGCAGAGACAGAGCUGCUGAUCCAGGAUGAAGCAGGGAGAGGGAUCUCAGAGAAAGAGAGGAUGAAGGACAGGAAGUUCUCGUGCGGCCAUCGGCGCAGCAACUCAGAGCAGGUGGAUGAGGAUGCAGAUGUUGAUACUACGAUGAUGCCAGUGGAUGGCAGAGCCUCACCUGAGAUGCUGCCAGCUCCCUGUCCUGCCAGCCCAUGUAGGACACCAGAACCUGACAAUGAUGCCUAUGUGCGCUGCUCCUCACGCCCCUGCAGUCCAGUCCAUCAUGAAAUGCACUCCAAGCUGUCCAGCAGUCCUCCCCGCUCCAGUCCUGCCAGGCUUGGACCUUCCUACAUACUCAAGAAAGCCCAGAUGCAGGCUUCUGGGAAAAAGAAGAAAGAGCUCCGGUACCGCAGUGUGAUUUCUGACAUCUUCGACGGCUCCAUCCUCAGCCUGGUGCAGUGCCUCACCUGUGACAGAGUUUCUACAACAGUGGAGACGUUCCAGGACCUGUCACUCCCAAUCCCAGGGAAAGAGGACUUGGCCAAGCUGCACUCUGCCAUCUACCAAAAUGUGCCAGCCAAGACAGGAGCAUGUGGGGACAACUAUGCCUCACAGGGCUGGAUUGCUUUCAUCAUGGAGUACAUCCGGAGAUUUGUGGUGUCCUGUAUCCCUAGCUGGUUUUGGGGUCCUGUGGUGACACUGGAGGAUUGCCUUGCUGCUUUUUUUGCAGCAGAUGAGUUGAAAGGGGACAACAUGUACAGCUGUGAACGGUGCAAGAAGCUGCGGAAUGGAGUCAAGUACUGCAAAGUCCUCCGGCUCCCAGAGAUCCUUUGCAUCCACCUGAAACGGUUCCGGCAUGAGGUGAUGUAUUCCUUCAAGAUCAACAGCCACGUCUCCUUCCCCUUGGAGGGGCUGGACCUGAGACCCUUCCUGGCCAAGGAGUGUGUGUCCCAGAUCACCACCUACGACCUCCUGUCUGUCAUCUGUCACCAUGGCACGGCUGGCAGUGGCCACUACAUUGCCUACUGCCAGAAUGUGAUCAAUGGCCAGUGGUACGAGUUCGAUGACCAGUACGUCACCGAGGUGCACGAGACCGUGGUGCAGAAUGCAGAAGCCUAUGUGCUGUUCUACAGGAAAAGCAGUGAGGAGGCUGUGAGAGAGCGUCAGAAGGUCGUGUCCCUGGCCAGCAUGAAGGAGCACAGUUUGCUCCAGUUCUACAUCUCUCGAGAGUGGCUCAAUAAAUUCAACACCUUUGCUGAGCCUGGGCCCAUCACCAACCACACCUUUCUGUGCUCCCAUGGAGGGAUCCCUCCUAAUAAAUACCAUUAUAUUGAUGACCUGGUUGUGAUUCUGCCCCAAAACGUGUGGGAAUAUCUCUACAACAGGUUUGGGGGUGGCCCUGCUGUCAACCAUCUGUACGUGUGCUCCAUUUGCCAAGUGGAGAUCGAAGCCCUGGCCAAGCGCAGGAGGAUCGAAAUCGACACCUUCAUCAAGCUGAACAAGGCUUUCCAGGCAGAGGAGUCUCCGAGUGUCAUCUACUGUAUCAGCAUGCAGUGGUUCCGGGAGUGGGAGGCCUUUGUCAAGGGCAAGGAUAAUGAGCCCCCUGGACCAAUUGACAACACCAAGAUUGCCCUCACUAAACCAGGUGGCCACGUGCAAGUCAAGCAGGGUGCUGACUACGGGCAGAUCUCCGAGGAGACCUGGGUUUAUUUAAGCACCCUGUACGGAGGGGGCCCCGAGAUUGCCAUCAGACAGAACGUGGCCCAGGUGCAGGAACUGGAAAACCUCCACGGGGAGCAGAAGAUUGAAGCAGAGACACGAGCAGUGUGAUCUGUGCAGAGGGGGCAGGGCAGGGAUGGCACAGGUACCUCUGUGGGGGACGGGAGGCUGGGAGUCCUGCGGGGUCCAAAUCCUCUCUUGUCUGGGACUCAAGGUGUGUGCAGCACCCCCACCACUCCCAGGGCAGGCAGGCUUCCUCCUCCUCCUCCUCCUCUCAUGUGGCCCUGAGCACGGGGUGGUGCUGGGAGAGACUGGCACAGAGCUGCACCUCCCCUCUGGCUGAAGCCGUGGUCAGAGGCUGCAGCCACAGUCACAGAGUUGUCCUGACCUGAGCCCUCUCCCUUCCCUUUGCUUACACCAAACCAGCACUCCCAGCUUGGCCCCAGUGCACUGAGCUCUGCUCCUUUGCAGGUUUUGCUUUUGGCACUUCUCCUUUUAAUUAAUGUAAAGAUAAUGAGACAUUAUGUUUCCAGCAGGCAGUGUUACAACCAGAGAAACCUGGUUUUGAGUCUGAGUAAAGCCACAGGGUCUCCUGUGGUUUUUGUGCUGGUGGUCUGUCACAACUUCCUAGUUUUGCUCUUUAUUGAAUUCUUACAAAUUCAGUUGCAGUCAACUAAGAAAUUUGGAAAGAAGCUAUUUCCUUCUCCUUUCACUCCCAAACCCACACCUUCGUGGUCCUGCACAAUUUUAUUUUCUCCUUGUGUCUGAUCUCCUGUGUUCAGCACAUUUUUGGACAAAAAGGCUGGAAGGCUCCUCUUUCCCAAAGCCUUCCUCAGACUGACCCUGCCAUGAGCCUGUGUCUGUCUCCCCUCAGCUGGUGAG